GUUUCCCGAUGCGCGUCGCGCGCGCUCGCCCAGACACUACAGCGGCUCGCGAUGAUCGUGUCCAACGUGAGCCUCGGCGGCUGCGUGCGGGGCGACGGCGCGUGGUGCGCGGGUCACGCGGAGGCCCCCUCCUCGCAGCGCACGCUGAGCCCCGUCGGGCACCUGGUGGUCGCCGUGUGCCUGGGCUUCAUCGGCACCUUCGGCUUCCUCAACAACCUGCUCGUGCUGCUGCUUUUCUGCCGCUACAAGGUGCUGCGCUCGCCCAUCAACCUGCUGCUCAUGAACAUCUCGCUGAGCGACCUGCUCGUGUGCAUCGUGGGCACGCCGUUCAGCUUCGCGGCGAGCACGCGCGGGCGGUGGCUCAUCGGCGCGGCCGGCUGCGUUUGGUACGGCUUCGCCAACUCGCUCUUCGGCAUCGUGUCCCUCAUCUCCCUGGCUGUGCUGUCCUAUGAGCGCUACUGCACCAUGAUGGGCCCUGUCGAGGCGGAUGCCACCAACUACCGGAAGAUUGCAAUGGGCAUUGGACUGUCCUGGGUCUAUUCACUGGCAUGGACGCUGCCCCCGCUUUUCGGCUGGAGUGCCUACGGCCCAGAGGGUCCGGGGACCACCUGCUCUGUGAACUGGACAACAAGAAACGCCAACAACAUCUCGUACAUCAUCAGCCUCUUUGUGUUCUGCCUCAUCCUCCCAUUCAUUGUCAUUGUGUACUGCUACGGUAAACUGCUGCAUGCCAUCAAACAGGUGAGCGGCAUCAACUCGGCACUGAGCCGCAAACGUGACCAGCGUGUGCUGCUCAUGGUGGUCACCAUGGUGUCCUGCUACCUUCUCUGCUGGCUGCCCUAUGGUGUGGUGGCACUAGUCGCCACUUUUGGCCAGCCAGGCUUGGUCACACCUGAGGUCAGCAUCGUCCCGUCUCUGCUGGCCAAGAGCAGCACUGUCAUUAAUCCGGUCAUCUACAUCUUCAUGAAUAAGCAGUUUUACAGGUGUUUCCAGGCCCUUCUGGUGUGCGAGGCUUCCGAAAAGGGUUCCAGCAUCAAGAGCUCGUCAAAGGCAGCCAGGCCAUUCCGAGCCACUCAUCACAACAAUGAGCACAACUUCACCUUUAUGGUGGCCUCUGUGGGUCCCCCUACUGCUGGGCCUGAUGCCAGUGCCGAAGACAGACCAUCUUCCUGCAACGAUGCCCGCCCGGGUGUUGUCUCACUGGUGGCACACUACACUGGCUGAGUGCCUUGGUGUCACUGCCAAGAAAACAGUACGGGCACAGAUCCACCAAGGCAGGGUGGGGGGGUUUUUGCCGAAGGCUGUGGCUGCAGAAGGGCAUGGGGCUUUUACAGGAGAUGAGCUGCAGAGGGCUGAUAGAGGAGUCAACAAAUUGUAUUAAUGUCACACAAUGUGUGAAAUUGUUCCAAGGCCUUGUCCACUCAUGUCAAGCCCAGGCGACAAAUAUAUAUAAACAAGACCUACCCAUGAGCAAAAUCACACAACAUUGCUAAGAGAGAGGGAGAGAGAGAACGAAAGAGAGAAAUAGUGACAGAAUGAGUCAAGUCUUUGUAUAACUCCUCUAACUAAUUCUGAAUGAAAAUUUUACUUGUGUCUAACGCCCAGCUGUCACCCACCAAACAACCACAUUCUCAGGGUUCAAAUAUACAGUUAGAAGAGAGUUUGUGAAUUCAGUCCAGAGAAAUAAGUAUAU